AUGGAAGACCCCUUGGACUUCCAUCCUGCUCUGGACGGGUUCCGCUUCGUGGACGUGAUCGGCCGGGGCGGCUUUGGCCUGGUGAAGCUGGCCCGGCACCUGGCGUCGGGCAAGUACGUGGCAGUGAAGAUCCUCCUGCGAGACUGCUCUCCCAGCAGCCCGCUGUCCGCGCAGGGGGAGGCAGCCAUCCUGAGGAGCCUGCGGCAUGACAACAUCGUGCGGCUGCUGGAGGAGCGGCACACGAGGACGCACCUGUUCCUGGUCAUGGAGCUGGCGACCAAGGGCUCGCUCCAGAGCUACGUGUUUGAGCAGGGCGGCCUGGCUGAGGCCGAGGCCAGGAUCCUGUUCGGCCAGGCGCUGGCCGCCGUGAGCUACUGCCAUGCCCAGCGCGUGGUGCACCGGGACCUCAAGCUGGGCAACCUGCUGCUGGACGAGCACAUGACCAUCAAGCUGGCGGACUUCGGCCUGAGCCUGCGGCUGGAGCAGGGCACGCUGGUAAGGGGCUUCUGGGGGACCCCCGAGUACUGCGCACCGGAGGUUUUCCUCGGGGAGGCCUAUGACGCUUUUAAGGCUGAUGUGUGGAGCCUGGGGGUGGUGCUGUUUGCCAUGCUGGCGGCCACGCUGCCCUUCCGCGGCAAGGACACGGAGGAGCUGCAGGACACGGUGCUGUGUGCCUGCUAUGUGCUGCCGCGUGCCGUCAGCCCGGCCCUGCGGGAGCUGCUGGCUUGGCUGCUCACUGUCGACGCCUCGGGGAGGCCCAGUGCGGAGGACGCCACAACCCACUGGUGGUUCGAUCCCGGCCAAGAAGCUACCCAGGAGGAGAAGGAGGCCGCUGUCACCCUGCUGCAGCCCCUGGGCGUUCCCCGGGACUCAGAGGCCAAGGAGUACCUGGCGGGCCUCGGCCUGCUGCCAGGCACGGGGACUGAGGGGACGCCAGGCCCUCAGCCCCAGGGCCCUGCAUCCCUGCCCAAGUCCUCACAGGGCGGGGAGCGCCUCACCAGAGAGAAGGACCAUUUGUCUCUGGUGUCGGUGUCCUGUGACAGCAUGUCCGUGGAAAUUUCCUCCGCACGAAGCGACUCCUCCGAGGCCUCUAGCCAGCCACAGCAGGAGAGGAGCCCUGCUCCUAGUGCCAACCCCAACUCCUCCCAGGCCUCCAGCCAGCCACAGCAAGAGUGGAGCCCUGCUCCCAGCGCCGCCCCUGAGCCAGCCUCCGAAGCGUCGCCCUCCAGCCCCAGUGCCGGGAGCCACGUGGACCUUGCAGAGCCAGAAGCCACCGCUGCCGCAGCCCGUGAGCCCAAGGAUGCUGACACCACAGACACCAAGGCCAGCGCCCAGGGCAAGAGGCAGGGCCGUCGCGGGGUCGGCAGGAGGAUCCUCCGGUUCCUGCUGAGGGCGUGCUGCAUCCUGCCGUCCCGAGGGAGCAGCCCUGGCAGCUGCUGCAGAGUGGUUCCCAAGUAGCCUCGCCCCGCCCCCGUCUCCAGGAGCUAUCCGCUGAGCUGACUGAACUUUUCUUUUCUUGAGCAUUUGCACAUGCUUCUCAUGAAUAAAAUUCACCAUGUGUGCA